AUGGCUACUUUUACGACUACUUCUCCUACUGCUCCUACUGCUGUUUCUGCUACUUCUACUACUGCUGAUGCUACUACUGAUGCCACUACUCCUACUGCUGUUUCUGGUGCUCUUACUGCUACUGCUGCUAAUGUUAUUGCUCCAAUUGUUGUUGCUCAUGCUUGUACUACUGCUGCUCCGACUGCUGUUUCUGCUGCUCUUAUUGCUACUGCUACUGCUGCUGAUGUUAUUGCCCCUACUGUUGUUGCUCAUACUACUCCUACUGCUCUUAGUGCUGCUACUAUUGCUGCUGCUUCUGCUGGUCCUACUGCUACUGUUGCUGCUACUGCUCCUACUUCUGCUACGGCUACAACUGAUGCUCCUACUACUACUACUGCGGAUCCUGCUACUUCUGCUGUUGCUCCUACUGCUAAUGCUACUGUUGCCGAUGCUACUACUCCUACUGUUGUUUCUGGUGCUCCUACUGCUACUGCUGCUAAUGUUAUUGCUCCAAUUGUUGUUGCUCAUACUGCUCUUACUGCAGUUUCUACUGCUCCUACUGCUUCUGCUACUGCUGCUGGUGUUAUUGCUCUUACUCCUCCUACUACUUCUACUAUUGUUGCUACUGCUUCUGCUGUGGCUACUACUGAUGUUGCUUCUGCUGGUCCUACUGCUACUGCUGCUGCUGCUACUGCUCCUACUUCUACUAUUUCUGCUAUGGCUGCCACUGAUGCUCAUACUGCUACUAUUGCUGCUCCUGCUACUUCUGCUGUUGCUCCUACUGCUACUACUACUACUGCUGCUACUCUUGUUACUGCUGCUUCUGCUAUUCCUACUUCUCCUACUGCUUCUGCUGCUUCUACUAUUCCUACUGCUCCUACUACUCCUGCUUCUGCAACUUCUGUGCUCUACUCCUCCUACUCCUACUCCUACUACUAA